AGGUCUAACAGGUUAAGGAUGUUUCCUUUAGAGCCAGUGUGAUGAUCUUUUUUUUUCGUUUUGACAUGGUCUUGCACUCAGUAUAAAACCAAGAUUGUGAUCACGGAUUUAGAAACAGCAGAUACUUUGCAUUACGCUGGACCUGUCAGCACAGAGGUGUAAGCAUGUCGAAUCAAAUGGUAGUCAUGCAGCCGCAGCCUAAUAUGGUCUCUAGACAUUCUGAUCAGUGGGAGUCAGGUAUCUGUGACUGUUGCAAUGAUGUGCCUGAAUGCUGCUUUGCUUACUGGUGUUUGCCGUGUUUCACGUGUGUAAAAGCCAAGAAAUUCGGUGAGUGCUUGUGUCUCCCUCUGCUGGAUUUCUUUGGUAUGGUCCCACCCAUAACCAUGUCCAUAAGGGUCUCAAUGCGCCAGCGUUAUGGCAUUAAGGGUAACAUGUGCCAUGACUGUUUGCUGGUCACAUUCUGCAGAGCUUGUGUUUGGUGUCAGAUGUCAAGAGAGAUGAAGGCACGUGAUCUACAAAUCACUCUUGUUGGUGCCAGACAUUUGUAAUGUGUUGUGAAGCAGCUGUGGUGAUGUGUAAAUGAUAAGAAUCAUAAGGAAAAUCUUGACACACUGAAAGGCAAAUAUAUUUAUUAAUAUAUCUUAUUAACUUCAUACAUCUCUACAACCUGAAUCAUUUUAUAUUGCAUUUAAAUUGUAAGAUGCUUAUUAUAAAAAUGAUGAUUUUCUGUAUGUCCCUGAUGCAAUCUGUGAUGGAACGCCAAGGAUACCAUCUCUUUUUCUACUAAAUGUAAUGUCUGUAUUGUUGUGUAUCUAUAAUGUGAGUUACUCAAUUUCUAAUCGGCAUCACAAAUAUCAUGACAAGUGUGAUCAGCUAAAUUAGUGUUUGACAUAUCUGGAUAGAUGUGAUAGUGCUGUAUUUGUGACAACAGUGAAUGUACUCAACUUCCUGGGUUAAAAACCUACAAAUUUGAAAAUGUUUCUGUUUUUUGAUAUGUAAAGCUUUUUAAAACAAUACAGAAAUGAUUCCUCACUUUUCAAAAAUUCUUGGGAAAAUCACAUUUUUGUCACCAGGACUGAGUUUUACUUUAAGCAAAUCUUAAAGAAAAGUAUAGAAAUGUAUAUUGUUUCCAAACAUGUUUGCUUUUACCAUGAUUGCCUUUAUUUUAAGACUGAAAAUCUUUCAUAUCUUUCACUUGUGUUGUUACACAAUAAAUUAUUAAUAAUUUCCUUUGA